AUGAGCGAAUCAAGUGAAUCCGUCCUGUCAAUUCUCACCGGACAAUCCUGGUUCUGGGAUCCCAUGCAGAGCAAUGAGAUUAGGUUUCAUCCAAACGGAGCUGGCCACUUGAUCUGUCGUUACGAAACACAGGUGUGGAUUAUGGCGGAGUUGCAUUGGAGAUCUCUGCGCCCAGCUUCUCUCGAGCAGGUUGCUGCGACCACCGCCGAUGGCCUUCUUAGCGAACUCGAGAUUGAAAUCCGACUCUCCAAGCGACAGACUCCAGAAACUUAUGUUCCACCUGGCCGCCGCAUCAACGAAGCUCUACUCACCGACGAGGCUUUUGAGCCCAAGCUUUUCACCGUACGAUUGGAACGAGGAUCAUUCCUUACGCAGCAUGAUGGAGCGGGUGACAGACAAGGUGGAGAUGCCUCAAGAUGGGCCAUGCGUCUGGUCUUUGACAAGUCUCCUUAUCCCCAGCCCGAGGAGUGGAAAGAGAUGACCAGCAGUCUUCAGGCGCAUAAGAUGUGGGAGUGGAAUGAAUUUUGCAGCUAUCAGCUGCCUGAGAAGGGUCUUCUGACAGCGACUUGGUCAAAGCUGAGGGAAUCAUUUGUCUCCUAA